ACGAGUUUUGUGUAGGUCGAGGUGUUCGGAUGGAGUUGGCACUGCCAAUGCGCGCUCAGACUGCCAAAAGUCAUGUCGUCAUAGGCUGCGCUAUCCCGCAACAACAACAGGAUCCUACAAAAUAAUAACCAUGAUUUUCAUAUCACAGUAAACCAUCCCUAUAAAACAUAUCUCGUCCAUCGAUCAGUCUCUUCUAGAUUUCUUGGCUGCAUCCCCUUUUCGGAACACGGCAUCAAACACAUCUACACCAACUUAACCACCUCCCUAGGACCCACAUUUCACUUACACGCAUACAUAAUGUCACUAAGCCGCCACGUUGACCCCGAGGAGAUCGUUCAUCACCUCAAGGACAUAAAGCUUCAAGAAAAGGGCAGUAGUAGCCAGAGGCAGAAUCACCUUACACCCUACACCAGCUCCUACGCCAGCCAAGAAGAUAUCCCCAAGUACAAGAUUCCCGAGAAUGGCACUCCCGGAGACACCGUCUACGCCAUGCUCAGGGACGAGCUAGACCUCGACGGCCGGCCAAAUCUCAACAUGGCCAGCUUCGUCAACACCUACAUUGAAGAAAACGCCCAGAAGCUCUUCGUCGAGAACCUCGGCAAGAACAUGUCCGACAUGGACGAGUAUCCCGCCAUGAUCUCCUUCAGCGAGCGCUGCGUCAGCAUCCUCGCCCAUCUCUGGGGCGUCCAAAAGGGCGAAAAAGCCAUCGGCACCGCCACCGUCGGCUCCUCAGAAGCCGUCCACCUCGGCGGCUUAGCCAUGAAGCGUCGAUGGCAGGAGAAGCGCUGGGCCGAGGGCAAAGACGCCUACAAGCCCAACAUCAUCAUGGGCGCCAACGCCCAAGUCGCUCUCGAGAAGUUCGCCCGCUACUUCGACGUCGAGGCCCGCAUCCUGCCCGUCUCGGCCAAGAGCAACUACUGUCUGGACCCAGACCUGGUAAAGGAGAACCUGGACGAGAACACCAUCGGCGUGUUCAUCAUCCUAGGCAGCACCUACACAGGCCACUACGAGCCCGUCGAAGAGAUCCACAAGAUCCUCAACGACUUUGAAUCGCAAACGGGCAUCGACAUCCCCAUCCACGUCGACGCCGCCUCAGGCGGCUUCGUCGCGCCCUUUACCUACGCGAAGACAGGCGGACAAAAAUGGAACUUUGAGCUUCCCCGCGUCAAGUCCAUCAACGUCUCAGGCCAUAAGUACGGGCUGGUCACCCCCGGUGUGGGAUGGAUUGUGUGGAGGGACGAGUCCUUCUUGCCCAAGCAUUUGGUUUUCGAGCUGCACUAUUUGGGGGGAACCGAGUACAGCUACACGCUCAACUUCUCACGUCCCGGCGCGCAGGUGAUUGUGCAGUACUACAACCUCAUCCACCUAGGGUUUCAGGGGUAUCGCGAUGUGGUGGAGAAUUGCCUCUCCAACGCCCGGUUGCUGUCCAAAGCACUGGAGGCGACGGGGUGGUAUACCUGCGUUAGCGACAUCCAUCGGCCGCCGGCGCAGAAGCAGAAGGCUUCUUUAACUGCUGGGUCUAGCGGUGACGAAGGAAAGAACGAGCAGAGCUUCGAGAGCCAAAAUGACGACCAGAAGGCCGGAAGUGAAGAGUCCAAGACCCAUGCCUCUUCUUCUUCCUCGUCAAAAGACGUCCCAAAGGACAAAGACCGUGAAGAAACCUCGGCCGACUACACCCCCGGCCUCCCCGUCGUCUCGUUCCGCUUCACUGACGAGUUCCAGAAGGAGUACCCGCACGUCAAACAAGAAACCGUCUCUCUCCUGAUGCGCGCCCGGCAGUGGAUCAUUCCCAACUACGCUUUGCCGCCCAACGAGGACCAAACCGAAAUCCUGAGGGUAGUGGUUCGCGAGUCGUUUUCGUUUGAUCUGAUUGAUAGGCUGGUGACGGACUUGGUGUCGGUUACGGAGACGUUGAUGGAGAAUGAUGAGGUUGAUUUGAGCGUGUUGCAGGGGCAUCAGGGUGGACGGAGGAGGCCGGUUACGAAGGACGAUAAAAAGAGGCAGAAGGAGGAGAGGGAGAAGGAGGAGAGGAAGGGGGAUGAGAAGGGGGAGGCAAAGGGGAAGAGGGAGGAGAAGAAGAAGGAGAAGAAGGAGGAAAAGAAGAGGAUGGGAGAGGGGAUUCAUAGGAGUGUUUGUUAAGCUGGGUCUGAGGUAGGCAAGAUAAGGACGACAUACACUGUCGUAAUGGUGGACUGUAAUGGGUAAGUAGUUUUGAGAUCGAACAGAAAUGUUAAUAGUAGGUAGUCAGGCCUGAUUCAAUGAUGUUCAAAUAAGUCCCAACAACAACCAAAAAAAAAAUUACCGACGACCGAUUCGAACGCACCACCUC